AAGCAGACCACUAGACCUGCCUCCAUCGUCAUCCUCUAUGGUAUAGUGCGACCACCACAUCACAACUCUGUCUCUGUGACAGAGUUGUCACAUGAUAAUACCAUAGACAUGCAUGUAAUCCAGCUCGAGCGUAGUUGAAGAAAAAUCUAGAGCAAAACCAAAAACAAAAUGGAGCUCCGGUUUCCGAAGCGCAGCGGUAUCCGCGGGUUUCUCGACGGGCUGGUCUGCUUUGUGAUCUGGCACUACCUCGUCUGGGGUCUCUUUUUCGCGUUCGGCGUGAUACCCGCGGCAUUCUAUUUCCUGGGUGCGAGAAUAUGCGGCUACGCGGGAUUACUUUAUUUCCUGCAGCUUCUCAUCUACCGACCGCAUUUAAAGCGCGGGCUGGAGCCGGAUUUUUUGUGGCACUGGUUUCUGUUCAACCCGAUUUUGAAUGGCAUCAUGCACCACCUCGACGGGACUUUGAUUCGGGAGAUGGAUGACAGUAAGAUGACGAAAUCUAAAUCUUCAGAAGACGGCACAAGAAACACCUCCGAGUCCUUCCUCUUCGCCUGGGAACCCCACGGCAUUAUGGGUCUGUGUCGUUGCGGCUCCGGCGGGAGUGGCUGGCCGGCGCUUUUCCCGAACCUGUUCCCGCGUUGGGGCGCUUUCGGCAAGGGCUUCUACAUUCCGGGCGUGCGGGAAUUUUCGCUGAUUUGCGGCUGCGUCGACGCAGGCCGGCCGACGUUGAACAAAGUCGCGAAGGAGUCGAUCCACUUGAUUCCGGGCGGCGUGCGCGAAAUGGUUUUGACGGACCCGGAUUCAACUGUGACGAAAAUCCCACUCAAGGACCGAAAAGGGUUCGUGAAGCUCGCGGUCGAAAAGAACCUCCGCCUCGUGCCGGUUUUUUGUUUCGGCGAGAAGUGGUGCUACCACCGGGUUUUGGUUCGGCCAGCCUGGCUGCGAAAAUGGCUCCUCAAGAACCAACUGACGCCGACUUUGCUGCUCGGCAGGUGGAACACUUUGAUGCCGUUCACGGACCGGAAAAUGGCGUGGGUGUUCGGGAAGCCGAUUGAAGUGGAGAAUCGAGACAUCGACAGCGUACACGCCGAGUAUUUGUCCGAGCUGGAGCGGAUUUUUGAGCAGUACAAAGCCCGUUUUGGCUACGCGGCAGAGGAAAAAGUUGAGUUCGUUACCGUGGCGGAGGCCUUUGCAUCUGGGGUGGUGGAAGACGAGAAGAAAAAGUCGUGA